UCGGCGUUAACUUCAUAACUAUAAGAUAUUGGUAAAAAGUUUAUCCGUACUAUUACAUGAAGAAGAAAUCAAGAUGUUUCAAUUUGAUUUCAUAUAUUUACUUGGAUUUAUAAUAUGUGUUUUUAAAACAUUUUCACCGGUAAAAACUUUAGAUUGUAUCCCUUUACAGUUAAACAGCACAACACCCGUUAGUUGUACGGCAACUUUAUACAAGGGAGAAAAUUGUACGGAAGCUGUGUUGGAAUCGAAGUACAACCAUUUGUAUGGCAAAGAUCUCUAUCCGGGAUGUCCCGAUGAUCUACAGUUAAAACCCAUCAUGGAAAUUCAUCCGGGUUGGCCAGAUGCUGGGUAUCGUCCAGGAUUUGUAGUAACAAUAAAACCUCCACGCACAGCUGAUUUCUUGGUUGUAAAAGGAUUUCAGUUGGAUUACCAAGAUAACACUGGAAGUAAGAGAUGCAUAGUGUUAGAACUUGUCAACACAACACUUACAGCAAUACAUAAGAAGAAUGGUUUGAAUUUUCAAGUGAAAAUAUAUCCACUGGCACAAAAAAACAGAGAGUACAUCUUCACUGCAUACAGUCUACCGACACCAAAAAACAAAGAGGAGAAAGAAGUUCAAACCAGAUAUGGACAAACUAAUAAAUGGGAAUUGCAGUCAUCAGAUCAAUGGAGAACGACAAUUGCCUUCUAUGUCAACCCGAAAGACAGGUUUAUUGACUUCCGGUUUGUACCAGCUCCAGCAGAUUUAAAAUUCUACUGGUAUAACAUAACAUUGUCCAGAAUUGUAUCAAAUGAAGGCAACGCUCUAGAGGGCAGACAUACAGUAUCAUCUACGGGGACAAACCUAACAGAAAUGUCUUUCUAUGACAUCGAUCCUGGUCAUUACAGAGUUGGUGUACAACCAUUUGACGACAAAGCACGAAGUAAUUUUGAGUGUAAAUGUAAAAAUCUGUUAUCUGUCUGUGUGUCCUGUUUGAAAACACUGACACGUGUUAUAGAGAUCCCAGUGGAUAACACCCCAAGUGCUCCGAUUCCGACGCCACUGUCACUGACUGCAAAACUCAAAACUUCAGUCAUUACUACAGAGUUGUUUAAAGGAGAGCACACCGUUUCUGACAAGGAUGGGAUGGCGGAAUCAGUUGCCGUGACCUCACAAGAAGAUAACCAGCCUAAUUAUAUUGCAUUGAUAAUUAGUAUAGUCGGAAUUGUAGUCCUUGUUGUAGCAACAGGAAUUUGUUAUACAAUUUAUGGACGGCGACUGAAGGAAAAUAAACUGAUGGAUGUGUGCAGAAAUUUUUAUAAACGCCCUCCUCCCCAUGACGGAAACAGAUAUGAGUAUCCGACAGUUGCUGAAAAAGUACCUUACACAUCAGUAAAACAAAAGGGUGAAGGUUUGAACAAUGAAAGAUUGAUUAGUAGGAAAAAAGUCGCAGUCAUUGCAGCAGAUGAUAACGAAUUCCACACGAAGGUUGUGCAAUCUCUUGCAACAUAUUUACAGAAUCAAGGCCAAUGCCACGUCAAUUAUUUCCCAUGGAAUCAGACGGACGACCAAUUCCAGUGGAUUACUAGAACAGCAGACGAUGUUGAUUUUCACGUGCUAGUCUUAUCUGCGUCUGCCUGUAGUCAAUAUGACGCUUUCACAUCUAACAGACCAAUAGAUGCUACAGAUAUUUUUAUACCAUAUUUAUCAAAAAUUCUCAAUCAGGUUCAAAGUCAUCAAAAAAUCUUAUUUGUAAGUUUCGAUUACUUAUCUGAUGUAAGUAUGCCAAACGGACUUGGUAGUUCGUAUCAGUUAUUGGAUAAUUUUACAGGCUUCCUGUCCCACAUACAUAAACCUAACCCAAACGACGGUCACAUGGAAACACGAACUUUUAGUAAACACCUAUCAGAAACAAGAGAGGGUCGCGAUCUAAUGAAUGCAGUUGAUAAUGUUAUCAAAAUAAGCAGGUUUAAACAAUCUAAGAUGUAUGGGUCAAGGAUGGAUUCUGGAUAUAAAAGUCAUUGUGGAAUGAAUUCUGUGGAUGAAAAAGAAUGGAGAGAUUUUACACAGAAAAAUGUCAUCAACGCGAUAGUACAAGAACAGACGUAUGGGGACAGAUAUGGUCAAUUCGUCAUUGAUCCUGAUAUAUGUAGUUUCAAACCUGUAGACGAUGACGACGGGCUUUCAAUAUUCACUACUAUUACUAUAGCCGAGGGUGAAGCAGGAGAUCGGAUAGAAACAUCUGAGGAGGCAGAAAUGCACUUUAACCGCGAUCGUUCAUUCAUGCAUGCUGCUGAUGAUUUGCAACGGCGGAAAGCUGCGUUAGGGAAUAUCUCUAAACAACCGAGACAAAACAUAUAUGCUACUGACAAGAAUGGAAAACAGAUUAAACCAAAUUUAAAUCCAGCAAGCCAAGAAAAUGACCUGUGUCGAAAACAAAGCGCAUCUAUAAACGGAAGUAAAGCUAUAGAAAAUGAAGCAGGUGCGUUCAUUAUAUCGGGAGACAACUCAGUAUAUCCUGGUACCGAUUUCUUUCUACCUCCAGAUCCAAGCGUACUCAGCGAAGAUAUUACAACAGAGUACCAGUUUAAGAUGAUGGAUGAUAUAAAUCGAGGACAAUUUAACCCAGAUUUAGACAAUAUUAGUGGGAAAAGUGUCUAGAAAUCAAAAUACUUCAACUGUAUAUACUAAAAUAAACUGAUUUCUACUCGUGCUAGCAAAUGCUGUCUCAUUCAAAAAGUAUUAAUGUGUACAUAUAUAGAUUCUUGUUUCACGGCCACACUUUUGAAUUUGACUUACUGCAAGUUUCAAAGACUUGUUAUUCCAAAAAAACGAAGGACGUAAUUUUAUAUUUUUUUCCGUUGUUUAUUUAUUAACCAGUUUUUAUAUUAAUGUAUUUACAUGACAAUGUCUCAAAUUUGAGUCGAUUUCGACUGGUAUUUCUUUGAUACAAAGUAUAUUUGUAGUAUUGUAAUUUGCUUUAAACUGUGUUUUAUUUAAUAUGGCUGCAAUACAGAUUGUAGUAGAUUGUCUAUUUAUAAUUUAGAAUGUCCUAUUUUGUGGACUAUUGUCUUUUUUUGUUUGUUGCUAAAAUUUUGUCUGUCAGUCUAUUAUUAAAUUAAAAAUUCAUUAUUUUUAUUAGCCUAUUAAUAUCUUUUUUCUUAUUUAUUGUAUAUAUUUAUGUUCUUUUACGCAACAAUCUGUCGUAGUAAAAUAACUAUCAUUUCUUGGAGAAGAAUAUGCUUACUUUUCCAUGACAUCUGUUUACACUUCCGGUCAUAAUGGGAGCACAUUAGGAGUGCACAUGUCUUAUUGUGGUUGUAUGUUGUUCAUAUAUGUGUUAAUUGUGUGCUAGGCUAUCCUUUGUUCAUAGAACUUAGAAUCUUUCUUUUACAUGUUUUCACAAUUUUUCAACCUCUUGGGUUUAUUCCUAGGCGGUGCAUUAAUUCAAUUUUAUCCAGCACACACUAUAUUUAACAACAAAAACGUUUCCAGAUGCAAUACACUUCUACUUGAAUAUUUUGAAAUUGUUGUUAUUAUGAAUACAUUUUUUAUACAGUAUAAAAUUCGUUUUGUCUAUAAAUUUUAUAUGAUAAGUCAUGAGACUUAGUUGUUUUAAGAAUAGUUUAGUUUUAGAUUUAAUAACAAAAAUAACCAAAGCAUUAACUGCCAGGAUAUAUAGAAUCCAAUGUAUAUAUAUUUUAUUUUUAAAGCAUUGUUUACCAGAGUUCUUUGUAGUGCUUACGGCAGAGAAAAUCUUGAACACAUCAAACUAGGGAUACUUAUCCACCGUUCGUUUAAAUACAAAGCCUUACACUUUCAAUUUGUGUAUUAGAAAUGUUGCUUGAGUGUACGCGUAUGUGUUACAUUAUGCCGGGGCCUUGGCAAGAUGUUAACCCCCUAGUUUAUUCGGCCUAAAGAUUGGCUACACCAAUUAAGGUCUUAACAAUCCGGCAUUUAACCUUCCAUAAGGGGCUUUAUCAAUUUCUAAAUAUCAAUUAUUUGACGUCCCCUAGAAUGGGCCCGACCAACCUGUAAAAACCCCUAGUCUUGUAUGUCAAUGAGAAAACUCAGCAAACUCUAAAUAACUCCUAGUCAAAUUCACUCGGGAGGGCCAAAGUAUGUUUCUAAUUACCCUAAAUCUUGUGAAAGGACUCAUUAGCUUUUUAAGCCUGUUCUUAAACCGUCAUUACAUUGUAGCAUUGCGAAAAAUGGGUCAAUAUCGGUCAAAAUUUAUUUAUUUGAUAUUUACUUUUUUGUAUGCUUGUUGUGUCAUGACUAGUCUUAGUUGUACACAUUCAUGAUUUUAUUUGCCUUGACCAAUAUGAAUGUAAUUGCAUUAAAAAUAAAUAAAAUAUAUAUUUGA